CCCUGAUGUCACAAUAUGGAGCUGGACCAUGAUUGGGCCACAGCCUCCUCCAGCUCUGCUGUUCUUUUGGUCAUGGGAACAAGAUGGACUUGCCCUGGCCCUUCCCUCCUUGUGCUCUUCUGUUGUGCCGUGGCUCAGGGUGACCAGGACUCAGACCAGCUCUACAAUGAGACUAUGGCAAAGGCCUUCCUGCAGUUUUACGACCGAACAGCCCAGGUUGUAUGGAACCAGUUCAUGGCGGCCGCCUGGAACUAUGUCACCAACAUCACAAAGAAAAAUCAAGAGGAGAUGCUGUACAAGGACGUGGAGAAGUCCCAGCACACACUGUACUUUGGCACGCGGGCCCGCAUGUUUAAGAUCGCCAACUUCCAGGACUCGGACGUGAAGCGCAUGCUGAGUAAGCUGCUGAACAUAGACAAGGCGGCCCUGCCCAAGGAGGAGCUCCGGGAGUACAACGAGAUUCUGGCCUACAUGGAGACCACGUACAGCAUGGCCCAGGUCUGCCUGAAUGAGGGGCCCUGCCUGCCCCUGGAGCCUGACCUCGAAGAAGUCAUGGCCACCUCCCGAGACCAGAAGGAGCUGCUGUGGGCCUGGCAGGGCUGGCGGGAUGCCGUGGGUCGCCAGCUCCGCAUGACCUUUGAGCGCUACGUGCAGCUCAGCAACAAGGCUGCGAGGCUCAAUGGUUACCAAGACAUGGGGGCCUUGUGGAGGUCCAAGUACGAGUCCGACACGCUGCAGGAAGACCUGGAGCAGCUGUUCCAGGAGCUGCAGCCGCUCUACCUGAACCUGCAUGCCUACGUGCGCAGGGCCCUCUACCGCUUCUAUGGGCCCGAGCUCAUCGACCUGAGGGGGCCCAUCCCCGCCCACGUCCUGGGGAACAUGUGGGCUCAGUCCUGGGUCAACAUCUUAGACCUGGCCCUGCCCUUCCCGGAGAAGCCCCCCGAGGACAUCACGAAGAUCAUGCAAGGCCAGCACUGGAAGCCCGAGAAAAUGUUCCAAGAGGCUGAAAAAUUCUUCACCUCCAUGGGGCUGCUUUCCACCCCUCCUGAGUUCUGGAAAAACUCCAUGAUGGAAAGGCCAACUGAUGGGCGGGAGGUGGAGUGCCACGCGUCCGCCUGGGACUUCUACAAUGGGAAGGACUUCAGGAUAAAGAAGUGCACCGAAGUGACCAUAGAAGACCUGCUGUCCAUCUUCCACCAGAUGGGCCACAUCCAGUACUUCCUGCAAUACAAGAACCUCUCGGUGAUCUUCCGCGCAGGCGCCAACCCAGCCUUCGAGGAGGCCGUGGGGUCGGUGGUCACCCUCUCAGCCUCCUCCCACAAGCACCUGCUCAACAGAGGCCUGCUCAGCCAAGAGCACCAGGACAAAGAGGAGGAGGUCAAUUUCCUGAUGAGCAUUGCCCUGGAGAAGAUCGCCUUCAUCCCCUUUGCCUACCUGAUGGACCUGUUUCGCUGGAAGGUCUUUGACGGCACCAUCGAGAAGGACGUGUACAACCAGGAGUGGUGGAACCUCAGGUUGAAGUACCAGGGCCUGUGCCCUCCCAUCCCUCGGACAGAGGAGGACUUUGAUCCAGGCGCCAAGUUCCACAUCUCUGCCAGCUUGCCCUACAUACGGUACUUUCUCAGCCUCGUGCUCCAAUUCCAGUUCCAUGAAGCACUCUGCAAGGCCUCGGGCCACAUGGGGCCGCUGCACCGCUGUGACAUCUAUAACUCCAAGGAGGCUGGGAAGCUCUUGGAGGGUGUCCUGAAGCUGGGCUCGAGCAAGCCCUGGCCAGAGGUCCUGGAGAAGAUGACCGGGGAGACCAAGGUGUCCACAAAGGCCCUCAUGACCUACUUCAAGCCCCUGCUGAACUGGCUGGUCACUGAGAACGUGCGGCAGGGGGAGAUACUGGGCUGGCCAGACUUCAGCUGUUCCUUUGAAGAAAGAGAAACAAGCAGGGCAGCAUUCCUGGGGAUGGAGCUGAACUCUGACCAGGUCAAAUCCUGGCAGUGGAUGUUGCUGGCCCUGAGCUUUGUCAUGUUACUGGCAGUCCUGCUGCUGGGCCGCAGGCUGUACACCAUGGAAAAAAGCUCACUGACCCAAGACACCAGUACACAAGACACCUGGUCACAGAGCACCCGGUCACAGAGCCCCAGAUCACAGGAUGCCAGUGCCAUCAAGCCAGCAUCGAAAACCUACUUUCUGGGCAUAGCGAUGGAGCCCCACCAAGUUGUCAAGAGACAGUGGAUGCUGCUGGGCCUCUGCCUCCUCCUGAUGCUGUGCUCCAUUGGCCUCAUCAUUCGGAUUUUCACACAGCACAACAGGAAACCUCCGUGGAUGAGAGAUGAAUGGGGGAGCUGGGACUAGACACCACUGCAACUGCCAGCCUAUCCCCCCCGACAUGGGGCCAGCCAGGACAACUCAGCCGCCCCCCCCCCCCCAGGAGGCCACACUUGCAGCCCUCCCAUUCCCCAGCCACAGUGGCCAACGAGAUCCACAUCAGGCACUGUGGCUCUGCAUGGCAAAGGUACAACCAGCCCAGGACUCCAAGCCUCUCACCUGGACUCCAGCAAAACUCUCACUGAGCCUCCUUGUCCGCCUCCCUCCCCCACCCGCCUUUGUAAAGUUUCUUUCUUUGGACCUCCACUGUAAAGUUUCUUUCACUGGAAUAUUUCCUUCAUGUCUAACUACUUAACAACUUGGUUGUCCAUCAGUUAAAUCUAGAUGUGCAAAAUGGCAUCUGAGGGUCUUUAUCAUUUAUCCCACCUCCCAGCUCAGCCCCUUGCACUGAUUCCAUCAUCGGCCUUUGCCUAAGCUGCAUGCCCUAUUGAGUGCUUGCCCUCCAAGGAUGGCUCCAAACUGGCUGUUGGACCCUCUGCAAAGCUUCAAGCUCACCAAGAUGCUCAGUGAACAGUGGUCUCCUCCCACUCCUCUCCAAGAAGGCUCUUUCAGUAAACCUCAGCCCAUCCCCAUCUGCU